CCACGGAGUAUCCUGGUGUCCUGGCAGUGCCCCUUCCCAAUUUCUUGGGGCCCAGAGAGCGCACCUGCUUACUCAGUAAGGCUGAACACCUAAGACUUGGGAGGCAGGGAACCACAGAGGCACAGCUAUCAGCUGCUGUGAAGAUGAAAGGGGUAUCUCAGAUACUCCACCCGCUAGUGCUGCACAGGACCAGAAGCUCUCCAAUGAUGCCUUAGGGUACAGCUCUCUUUGUCCUCCCCAGCUGUGCUUACUGCCCACUGACCUUGUGCCUUCUAAGUUAAGUGGGGGCGUGAAGCCUGAAUCCCAUCACAGAACUGGGGACAAAAAGGAAAGGCUAUCCUGGGGUGGUGUGCGCCACUCUCCUCAUCCCUUCCCUGUUUAGGCUUUCUCCCCCUUGUGUGUCCCUGGGGUCCAGAAGAGAAGGGUCUAUGCAAAGGCGCGGCACAGCCUGAGCCUGGGGUCCUGGGGCUCACACACAGGCAGGAGACUGCUCAACUCUGGACCGUUCUCUAUUUCUUCUCUCUCAAGCUUUUGUGUCUUUGCCUUGCAGCUGCAAGGAGGGUGCACUGGGGAAGAAGGAGGGGUGCCUGGGGUGAAAGCACCCCCUUCACAAGCGCGCGCACACGUUGCUAGCUCAUGCACUCACAGGCGGACACAUACUUCCAUACUCGCACUCUCAAGCUUGCGCGUGCACACACACACGCGCGCUCACGCGCACACGCGCGCACGCACAAAGCUUUCUCGCUUUGAGCGCACUAACGUGGCCGCUUUCUUUGUGUGGAGCCCUCGAGUGGGGUUGGGACCCCGGUCCUGUCCCAGGGAGAUGGCGCAGCCCAUUCUGGGCCAUGGGAGCCUGCAGCCCUCCUCAGCUGCUGGCUUGCCAUCUCUGGAGCUCGACUCAUCAAUGGACCAGUACGUGCAGAUUCGCAUCUUCAAAAUCAUCGUGAUUGGGGAUUCCAACGUGGGCAAGACCUGCUUGACCUUCCGUUUCUGUGGGGGUACUUUCCCAGAGAAGACUGAGGCCACCAUCGGUGUGGACUUCAGGGAGAAGACCGUGGAAAUCGAGGGAGAGAAGAUCAAGGUUCAGGUGUGGGACACAGCAGGACAAGAACGCUUCCGUAAAAGCAUGGUCGAGCAUUACUACCGCAAUGUGCAUGCCGUGGUCUUCGUCUACGAUGUCACCAAGAUGACCUCCUUCACCAACUUAAAAAUGUGGAUCCAAGAAUGCAAUGGGCAUGCUGUGUCACCACUCGUCCCAAAGGUGCUUGUGGGUAACAAGUGUGACUUGAGGGAACAAAUCCAGGUACCCUCAAACUUAGCCCUGAAAUUUGCUGAUGCCCACAACAUGCUCUUGUUUGAGACAUCAGCCAAGGACCCCAAAGAAAGCCAGAACGUGGAGUCAAUUUUCAUGUGCCUGGCUUGCCGACUGAAAGCCCAGAAAUCCCUGUUGUAUCGUGAUGCUGAGAGGCAGCAAGGCAAGGUGCAGAAACUGGAGUUCCCACAGGAGGCCAACAGUAAAGCUUCCUGUCCUUGUUGAAACCAAAUGAUGUAAAUAAUUAGCACUGGAGUUUGUUUGUUUUUUUUCCUUUCCUUUUUUUCUGUGCCUGCAUAAUGCUGACACCUGCUUGUUUCCAUACAAACUGAUAUCAAAAUAAAAUUUGUAUAGAUUAUCGCAUG